AUGGAUGUCUACCUCGCUUGCGAAAAUUCCUCUGAGGAUCCGAUUGACACGUAUGUGGUGGCCUCAAGCGCAAUGCUAGGAAUUAUCAAACUUACUAUGUUGCAAAUACAACGAUCCACACUUUCGAUCAAUCUAUGCUCUGCUAUUCAGGACUGGUGUAACAUCAAGGAUGCGAGGUCGCGUGAGAUCAUGAUCCAGUAUGCACGCACUGCGAGAAUAAUUUCGCUGUCUCUGUUUUACUGUGGCUUCGUUUCCCUUACAUUUUAUCUGUUGCGACUUUUACCCUUCAUAAACGCGACAGCCAACGGAAGGACGUUUGUCCUUCCGAUGACCUGUCUCUUCGAGUCCGUCUCCAAUCUCCAGUAUGUCCUCAUUACAUUCUACCAGGUGAUUCAGUUGUUUGUAACAUAUGCUGGAAACUGCUGUACGGAGGGAAUUUUUGUCGGUAUCACAAUGCACCUGUGUGGACAGCUCGAACUUCUGAUGAGUGACUUUCAUCAAAUCGAUCAUAAACGCAAAGGAGGCAGCAUCAUUGAAGAAUUCGUCGUAAGACAUCGAAAGUUGUUAAAACUCACGGAAACUGUUGAAGAUUCCUACAGUAUAAUUAUUUUAACUCAGAUUUUCACCAGCGCAAUUUUGAUAUGCAUAACAGGCUUUGGACUCAUCGUAUCCUGGCACAUUCAUGACAUAGUUAUGACGGUGAAGAGCAUUGUAAUAAUGAUUGUUAUGUUGAUGCAAUGCUUUCUGUAUUCAUAUGCGGGUGAUAAUUUGAGGGAUCAAAGCGAGGCCUUGUCAUUCGCGCUUUAUGACAGUAAUUGGUGCGAUUUUUCGCCUAAUGAUAUAAGAGACUUAGCGUUCGUUAUGAUAAAAACGAAUAUACCCAUUCGUCUAACUGCCGGAAAAUUUUUCUACGUCACACGUGCUACUUUUACGGACAUUUUAAAAACUGCAGUAUCUUACUUAUCCGCUUUACGUGUUAUGAUUGACAAACAAGAAAUAAAUAGUUACUAA